AUGGAUUCAGAUCCACUUAGACAUCUUGAAUUCUUCUCGGUACCUAACAAUCAGACGAUCAAUCCCGUCGAUCAAUCCUUUUCCUUGUCAGGAGCUCGUCCCCAAUCGACAAACGUAUGGGAUGCACCGACAUCAUUGAAUAUGGAGGCCGGCCUUUCCGGUCCGCCUUCGACGGCGCCGACCUUGUCGCCGAACCCUGCCUCGACACCACGGCCACCUAUAUACGGCGGUCAGUCGAGGCGAGCGUUUCCUUCAAGAGCAUCCAUAUCAAGGGAGGGGAACGAGAGAAAACGAUCAAGGGUGAGGACAGAACCGGCCCCCUUUGACUCGGUGGAUUACUGGAUCCAAUUCGACAACGACGACUCCCUUGCCGAUAUUCCUGAGGGCAUGGAGGCUCCUAGGCCAGAUAUCAAAGGGAGGAGGAAAGCCUCUUCGACUCAGCGGCCGGCUCCCCCUGCCCCUCGUCGGGCAAACUCGGCAUCAUCGUCCAGGAGAGAAAAUACAACGACGACCGAGGAGUUCUUCGAUGAUAGUGCCUUGGAUAAUGCUUUGUCGGAUUACGAUGACGACGAAGACGAGGGCUUCUCGUCAAUGAAUCUUGCCGACCAUCUUUCUAAGAUAGACUCUGCACCGCCCACCGACGUCCCGCCCCGGGAAGGUCUUUACUCGACACCUUUGAGCUGGGAGAAGCCUCAGCCCGGACUGCGGAUGGACCCUUUAAUCGGUCUCAAUAGUCCGGCCCUGAACGAGGCCGAGCAGCGACGGCUGAUUGCCAUUGCUAUGAACCCUGGGCCAAGCAUGGGCGGGCUUGGGUCAAACCUCAACUUCAACUUCGGUGGAAUGAAUACCGGUCUCAACACGACGCUUGGGAUGGGUUUGGGAGGCUUGGGCCAAGAUCCAGACUCGGUAUCGAUGCAAAGGCCAUUUGGAGCGCAACAACGGCCAGCACCGCCCUAUCCGCCAAAGAGGCAAGGUAGCGUGAGCGAGAAAGGCAAAGAAAAGCCAAAGCUGGGUGAUCGGACGGCACAUAACGACAUUGAAAGGAAAUAUCGGACAAACCUGAAGGAUAGGAUUGCCGAACUGCGAGAUGCCGUCCCAGCGCUUCAUACAAUAUCAGAAAAUGGCGGAGAUGAUGAUGGGUCGCAACCUUCAAGGGCGGCCAAAGUCAGCAAGGGCACUGUCCUUACCAAAGCAACCGAGUACAUACAGUAUCUUGAACGAAAGAACAAGCAGAUUGCGCAAGAGCACCGAGAGCUCUCGCGGAGACUACAGGCGUUUGAGCAGCUGCUCCACGCGUCGGCGAGAGCAACGUACCAAAUGCCGACUUAUAGCAGGACCCUGUUUGACCCAAGAGGCUUCUGCUGA